UUCCCACAAUGCAGCGCGGCGCGCUGUCCCCGGUGCUGAUGCUCAGCGCUGCCCCGGAGCCUCCGCCGCGCCCGCCUCCCGCCCUUUCCCCGCCGGGCCCCAGCCCCCGCCAUGGGUCGGCUCGGUCCAGUCCUGCCCCAGAGCCGUCGGGGGGCCUGGGUGCGGCGCUCGACAGCAGCCUGCGGGCCGCUGUGGCGUUUAAGGCGGAGGGUCAGCGCUGCUACCGAGAGAAGAAGUUCCGGGAAGCCAUCGGCAAGUAUCACCGGGCACUGCUGCAGCUGAAGGCGGCGCAGGGCGCCCGCCCUGGAGGCCUGCCUGCCCCCGCCCCCGGGCCCGCCACCAGCCCAGGGCCAGCCCGCCUCAGUGAGGAGCAGCGGCGCCUGGUGGAGAACACGGAGGUGGAAUGUUAUGACUCUCUCACGGCCUGCCUGCUGCAGUCGGAGCUGGUGAACUAUGAGCGGGUGCGCGAGUACUGCCUCAAGGUGCUGGAGAAGCAGCAGGGCAACUUCAAGGCUACCUACCGCGCCGGCAUUGCCUUCUACCACCUGGGCGACUAUGCACGCGCCUUGCGCUACCUGCAGGAGGCCCGCAGCCGCGAGCCCACAGACACCAACGUCCUGCGCUACAUCCAGCUGACUCAGCUGAAGAUGAACCGUUGCCGCCUUCAGCGGGAAGACAGUGGGGCUGGGGCUGGGUCCGGGUCUGGGGCUCGGGAUGUCAUUGGCUAAGGCCAACCUGGGGGGGCUGUCCCUACCCCCAUGACCCCCCACCUCACCAUGUAACUUCCCCGACUCAUGUGUUCACUGGUAAAGCACUUGUCACUGGUGACCAUAA